ACUGUGCAGUAUCAACUGGAGGUAAAUCUCCCUCUUUGCUGAGUAGGUAAUGCCUUCUUGUGCAAGGAUUGCACAUGAUGAAUUUAAGGUAUAAGCCUCUUCUGUUCACACUCUUCCUUUCUUUGUUCACUUUUCUUUCCUUUCCUCCCUCCCUCCCUUCCUUCCUUAGGCAUUAUGGACAGGAGAUGGUGAAGAUGUUGCUCAAUCAUCAAAAAUUUAAAAUGCUUUUGGAACGAUCUCUUUCCACCAGUGACCUGGAAGAUAUUCUGACAAGAAUGAAGAAGAAAGGGAUGGAAAACCAGAAGGCUGAACGCCCAUCUGUCAAGGAGCUGGUGAAGAAGAGGAACGAUGGCUCCAAGAAGCCCCAGGCCACAUUGUCUUCUAGCAAACGAGUGAAAUCUACCUCUGAUGGAUGCCUCCUACACCGUGCACAAGCCCAGGUCACGUUACCUCCGGUUGAGGAAGAAACGGAGCUGCUCCAGAAGCUUUACAAUCUCCUGGAGGCCAAGGGGUUUCAGACGCGCAUGGAAGGAGUGUCACUCCUCCAAGACCUGUGCAAAACCAGCCCCCAGCUCAUCUCCACUAACAUUGUCCAAAUUUUUGAUUACUUUGUCCUGAGAAUAUCUGACAGCCACAAGAAAGUGAAGCAGAAGGCACUGGACGUGCUGGCUGAAAUCACAGGUGUCCUGAAAGAUGCCUUGAACCCGGUGAUCAUUGGUUUGGUGGAAGGAAUAACGAAGAACCUGAACUCCAAGGACCCCAGGGUUCGUGCCGCAGCUGUGAAAGCGCUGGAAGAAUCCAUUGCUCAUUUAGAUAAAGUAUCACUGCUGAAAGAGUUCAGCUACCAGUGGAAUCACCUGAGUGGCCAAGCUCUGCUGGAUGUCACGGAGUGUAUCACAGGUAUGGCCUCCCCUUCUAGGCCAAGAGGUCUUCCCAGGGAGUAUUUACAGGCAAUGCCUGUGAACAGACAGCAGAGUAGCUCCUCCAAACCAGGAGGUGCUGAGCUUGUCCCUCCUGCCCAGUGCCCAAGGCAGGUGUAUUUGGCAGGUUUCCCUGGCUGCUGCAGAGCUGUGCAGCACCUGAGAUGGGGGCAGAGCUCGGCCUCGGGGCUGAGCUCCCACUGGGGCAUCUCAGAACCCAGCUCCAGGAAAGGGAGGGGCUCAAAAUACCCCAGCUGGCUCCUCUCUUGGAAGCUCAGGGACAUCUGUCAUCUUUUAGGGAAAAUGGUGGCAAAUGCUGUUUCAGGGGACCAGUUUGUUUUGUCCUCACAGAACUCUUGUUUUUCUCUUGGAAAGCUUUGAGGCUGAACUGUGCAGAGCCUGGGGUCACAGCUUAGGUCAGAACUCAACAGACGUAUUAGAGGCAGGGAUUUAGUGCAAGGCAGCCUUUGGGGGCAGAGGGGCAGAAGCAGAGUGCUGAGGCUCCCUGCCUGUGCUGUCAAAGUGGCGCUGGACUGAGCAUUUCAGGGUGUGCAAACACUGUCUGCCUGUGUCAGCACUGUCCCAAAUGUUACAAAUGCAGCUGAUAAUUGAUUCCUCAGAGGUGCUUGCUAUGUCAGCAAUAGCCAAGGAAUGGGAAAAUGAUCAUCUCAAUACGUAGUAGAGCAGACGAUUGAUAGCCUUGCUUUAUCUGGGGCUAAAGCCACUGCUAAUUAGGCCAAUAUCUUUGAAUGCAAGGUUUAAUACACUUUGUGUCUUCAUUAGGAAUCUCAAAAGGGCAUGUUCAGCGAUUGGGAAUGUCAAAGGCCCUUUAAAGAGCUUUGAAAAAAGUAGAUCUCCAGCAACAGGGAAUUUAGUUUUACAGAUCUUUUGAUCUCUUUUUCAAAUAAAGGAAUGAAACAUAAAUUAGGACUACUUUAGAAAAAGUAGAUGUUCUCUCUGAGAUUCAGUAGGAAGAGACAGCUGUUCCUUACCUUCAAUAGUCACCAAUGUCUUUAAUUGUAUUUAAACUCAAAUGAAUUCCCAUGUUAAAAUGGGUAUCAUAACCCUUUUCCUGCUUAGCACAAUUGGGGUUUGGGUACUUUCAGGAGCUGUUUUAAUAUUGAUGACUGCCAGUGGAUUAAAAGCAUAGAGAAAAUGAAGUCUCUUCCACCACAGAAUAAUAAAUGGCUACUAGAUAACAUUUUGCCUGAUCAGAAAAUAAGAAUGGUCUCCAGAGCUUUUCAGGAUUUGAUCUUUCAGCCAAAUCUGCCAUGCAAGGAGCCUGUUGGUAGUAAAUUUUUGUCUGUGUUUGACAUAGUUUGGUUCAGAAAAUGAGCAGAGAGCAGUUUUCAGAGACAAUAUGAGAAAAUACUUGUGUUUUGGAUGAAUUUCAGUCCCUUGUGUAGCAUUUUGCUCUCUCUAUGCCCCUACUUCAGUGGACAUUAUAAGAAAAAAUGCCAUUAACAUUGGGAGGGGAAAUGGCAUUAAAAUGUGGAGGUGCUCAAAUGCCAUAGCAAUGGGGUCUGGCUAAUUCUCUAAGACACCCUGAGGUUUGAAACAGCUGCUUGUUGGAAGCCCCAGAAGCAUUCUGCCAAAGACACCAGCUAGUCACUGAUGUUUCCAAUCCAACUGUCAAGCAGCAGCCGUCUCUGGUAGGCUAGAGUUUUGAGGUGUAUUCUAAUCCUGCCCUUUGCAGUGUGCCACUGAGCAAAGGGAAGAGCCAGAUUAAACAUGUGGCACUUGACAUCAAAGUUAUGAAAAUGGAAUCAUCCCUUUUGUUAGAAAUCCCUCCAUUUCUUCUCUAUGGUGCAUUUCCAAAUCUUCAGUGUGGGUUUAGACAACUUCUUAAUGGAAAUAAAAAGCAACUGGACAUUUCAUUCAUUGCUCAUGCAGAAAGUGAUUGUGCAAUAAUUUAGUAAAGGUACAAAGUCUGCCACAGGGACAAGGCUGUGGUUGGAGAAAUUAGUCCUGAGGGGUUGGUGGUUCUGUUUCCAGGAUGAUCAGCUGCUUUGCCCGUUUCUGGAUCAUGGGGCUCUGUGCUAUUUUGCUGAUCUUAGCCAGAAGGCUUCCAGUUAGCAAAAGCAGAGGUAG